CUGCGCUGAACUGCUGUUACAGUACCGCACAAAAGGUGAUUGCCCCGCACCCCAUCAUAUGCAGGGGGACCAAAGAGAGAAGAGAUGCGAGAUCGACAGGCAGCUUUCAGCAGCGGUGGGGGAGAUCGAUCCACGAUCGUGACUCGUGACUCCAACUGUGGCUGCUGCCACACGGCCACGCUUGAUCAUGACCAGCUUCGAGCAAUCGUAAUCGAAUCCAAAUCACUCGACCCUCUUCUUGUCUCGCCAUUCCUCACUCUCCAGUGACUGCGUCUCGUGCGGCGAUCACGGAUGUAUGCUGCGUGCGCCUCGCCUCAAUUCCUCCCCUUCACAGCCACCCGCUUUUGGACGGGAUCAAUCGUUUAUCCCGCCCGAUUACUGCUUCGCCUCUUGACGCAGUCCACCACAGCCAUCCGCAAGUCAAGU